UUUGCAGCAUGGAUUAUGCCUUGGAAAAUGCACAACAAUUUUGGCGACAACAAUCAUCAAUCAAUGCCAUAAAAAAUCGUGAACGAAGGUAUCAACAAGGGAGAGGGGCAUGUAAUAUAUUUAUACUAGACACGUCCUCUAAUGUGGGAGAAGAAGGCUUCAUUCAAAUGAAAGAGACAUUUUGCACUAUCAUGGAUGAAUAUGCGAAAUAUCCAAGCAUGGAUGAAAAUGUUGCUGUGGUGAUUUGCGGCAGAACGACAACAUUUAAGCAUUACUACUCCAAUAAAUACAAUAGAUUGAAGCACUGCAUAGAUGAUGCAGAAUAUGGCGGUCCCUGUCCUCUUGCGGCAGCUUUUAUUCUAUCAGAGGGGGCAAUUUUUAACGGCGCAGGUUAUUGCAAAAUAAUGGGACAUUUCCAUAUACAUCCACGUCUCAUUCUUAUUUCUGCUGGCAGACCUACGGAUUUUACUUCCAUGAUUUAUUCAGGCGACAGGUUUAUACGAGGACCCGAUGAGGUGCGAGAUUAUUUGUAUCAGGUGGCAAGAAAUAUUGGACGUGUUCAUCCAAUUUAUUGUAUACCCGUUGGUCAUAAUCCAGACAUGGCGAAUUUAGAAUUUAUGUCUGCUCAUUCCAGAGGGGGAAAGGUUGUUCUUCCACAUCAGGCAAAACAGUUUGCAAAACUCUCGAAAAAUAUGAGUGUUGCCGAAUUGGUUACUUUUUCAACAAGUUUAGAUAAAUUAGAUAAGAAAGCAAUUGCAGAUCUGAUGUCUCAAGUUAUACCUGAAAAGGAGUUCACUGAAAUGGAUAAGGACGAUAUUUUCGAUAUCUGCUCAUUGAAAUCAGUCUUUAUAUCAAUGGAUGAAAUCCAAGCAGAGAAUGACAAACAUGAGAUGGAUAUAAGAUCUCAAGAGCCAAAUCCCAAUAUGCCUCCAUUAGGAAGUAGGGUGGAAAGAGGUCCAGACUGGGUGUGGAAAAACAAAGAUCAUAUUGGACCUGGUACAGUUGUAGCGCAUUCAAAUGAUGCUGGAUGGUUGAUAGUGCACUGGGAUGCAGGCACCACAGAAGAAUACAGAUAUGGAACAAAUAAUGUUCUGAAGGAUAAAUUUGAUGUUGUUGUAUGCACAGAACCACGGAUUCUAAAUAAUGAGCUUAUUGCUGUCGGAUGUUUGGUAAAAAGAG